CUUGUCAUUUCUCUUCGAUCUUCCUAACGCGUACAUCUGUAUCCCUUCCAUAACUUUCUAGACAAAUCUCCGACCACUUCAAAACUAGCUUCCUUCAUGUUCCACUUCCACAACAAUGGCCUCCAUUCUAACAACCUCGUACUCUGUUUCUCCAACAUCUCGGAACAACCCACGUUGUUCAUUCUUCUUCAAGCAACAUUCUCAUCAGUCACUCACUCUUCUGUACCACCCGAAGCGACUCAAGUUUUCGGUCAAAGCCGAGAAAGAAACCGAAGAUAAUGGAACUGUAACAGCAGCUCCGGUUGAACAUGAUGAAACUCAUUUGAUUGAAGAUGGUGGUGAAGAGAAGCAAGAACAGGAUUGGAAGAGUGAUGAGGAGUUUAAGAAGUUUAUGGGUAAUCCAUCGAUUGAGGCUGCAAUUAAGCUUGAAAAGAAACGGACGGAUAGGAAGCUGAAAGAGCUUGACCGAGAGAGAACAAGUGAUAACCCCAUCGCCGGGUUGUUUAAUCGAUUGGUUCGGGAUAGAUUGUCUCAACAGAAACAGAGGUUGGAGAAAGUAGAGCAGAGUUUUAAGGCUCUUGAUCUCAAUACGUUAAAAAGCUGUUUUGGAUUUACUACAUUCUUUGCAACGGAUGUUAGAAGAUUUGGUGAUGGAGGGAUCUUUAUUGGAAACUUGAGAAGACCCAUUGAAGAAGUCAUUCCGACGUUGGAGAAGAAAUUGUCCGAAGCUGCAGGAAGGGAGGUUGUUUUGUGGUUCAUGGAGGAAAAGACUAAUGAUAUUACGAAACAGGUUUGUGUGGUGCAACCGAAAUCAGAGAUUGAUCUCCAAUUUGAGUUAACCAAAUUAAGCACACCGUGGGGCUAUGUUAGUGCGGUAGCCUUAGCUGUGACGACUUUCGGGACAAUUGCUCUGAUGAGUGGCUUCUUUCUUAAGCCUGAUGCGACGUUUGAUGACUAUCUAGCAAACGUUGUGCCACUUUUCGGUGGCUUUCUCACCAUUUUAGGUGUUUCAGAGAUAGCGACUAGGGUAACAGCAGCGCGUUACGAUGUUAAACUCAGUCCUUCGUUUCUCGUCCCCUCUAACUGGACGGGAUGCUUGGGAGUCAUGAACAAUUACGAGUCUCUUCUCCCUAAUAAAAAGGCGUUGUUCGAUAUUGCAGUGGCGAGAACAGCUAGUGCUUAUUUGACUUCGUUGGCACUUGCAGUCGCCGCUUUUGUCGCUGAUGGUAGCUUCAAUGGAGGCGAUAACGCUCUGUACAUAAGACCACAAUUCUUUUAUAAUAACCCGUUGCUUUCUUUCAUCCAAUUCGUUAUUGGCCCGUACACCGACGAUCUAGGCAACGUGUUGCCUUAUGCCGUGGAAGGUGUUGGGGUUCCUGUAGACCCUCUUGCCUUUGCAGGACUUUUAGGAAUGGUGGUGACUUCUUUAAACUUGUUACCAUGUGGAAGGCUUGAAGGAGGUCGGAUCGCUCAAGCCAUGUUUGGUAGGAGCACUGCCGCCUUGUUAUCGUUCGCCACUUCACUCCUAUUAGUCAUAGGUGGUUUUGGUGGUAGUGUCCUAUGUCUUGCUUGGGGGCUCUUCGCAAACUUCUUUAGAGGUGGAGAAGAAAUACCCGCAAAGGACGAAAUUACCCCUUUAGGCGACGAUAGGUAUGCUUGGGGGUUUGUCCUCGGGCUCAUAUGCUUUCUUAUGCUUUUCCCGAAUGGUGGUGGAACUUUCUCUAGCUCGUUUCUAAGCGGGCCGUAUUUUAGGGGUGGUUUUUGAGUUGAUUAGUAGUAUGUGUUGAUUGGUUUGGUCGGUUAUAGGUUAUAUAUGCGAUGGCUAUGGGUGUUCAUUGCAACAUUGUUUCGACUUGUUGAUUGAACACCAAGGGUAAUUUCAAUUGUAAAGAACCAGGUUGUUAGCAACGUAACCUAUAUGUAUAUAGUUUAAUGAUGUACACAAUACCUCAAGCAAGUGUAGUUGCUAUCACACAAUACCUCAAGCAAGUGUAGUUACUAUCAGUUGAAAUUGUAGUACACAAUCCUUUCAAUA